AUGACCGCCAAAGACCCGAUCCGGCAUGAGCCCGUUGUUGCCACCACCUCCAGCCGCGUUGGACACCGCCUCUGCUCGUUGGUAGAAAAUGCACACUGGUACCACGACCACGGGGACCACGGGGACCACGGGGACCACGGGGACCACGGGUACCACGGGGACCACGGGUACCGCGAGGACCGCGGGGACCGCGAGGACCACGGGGACCACGGGGACCACGGGACCAUCGGGACCACGGAACAUCGGCACUACCGGGACCACGGGACGAGUACCACGGGACCGCUGGGUACCACGGGACCACGGGACCACCCUAGCUUAGCACAAAGCAUCCAGCUCCUUUCUGAUUGGCUCAGAGAUUCUUUGCUUGUUGCAGUGCGUCUCCAUGACAGCAUCUCAGAGGAGCUUCACCACUACCUCAUCUUUGACCUGGUGACGGGUGGAGAGCUGUUUGAAGAUAUCGUAGCCAGAGAAUAUUACAGUGAAGCUGAUGCCAGUCACUGUAUCCAGCAGAUCUUGGAGGCGGUGCUACAUUGUCACCAGAUGGGCGUCGUCCAUCGAGACCUCAAGCCAGAGAACCUGCUGCUGGCCUCAAAGUCGAAAGGAGCAGCGGUGAAACUGGCUGACUUCGGCCUGGCCAUCGAGGUGGAGGGAGACCAGCAGGCCUGGUUUGGUUUUAUGGGGACCCCUGGUUACCUGUCCCCAGAGGUCUUGAGGAAGGACCCUUAUGGCAAAGCCGUGGACCUUUGGGCCUGUGGUGUGAUCCUCUACAUCCUGUUGGUGGGUUAUCCUCCGUUCUGGGAUGAAGAUCAACAUCGUCUCUACCAGCAGACUGCUGAGCUUAUGAUGGUAUUCCCCUCCCCCGAGUGGGACACAGUGACUCCUGAAGCCAAAGACCUGAUCAACAAGAUGCUGACCAUCAACCCCACCAAGAGGAUCACGGCAGCCGAGGUCCUCAAGCACCCCGAUCCUGGGAGGUGUCAUCGCUCCACGGUGGCAUCCUGUAUGCACAGACAGGAGACGGUGGAGUGUCUGAAGAAGUUCAACGCAAGGAGGAAACUCAAGGGAGCCAUCUUGACCACCAUGUUGGCCACCAGGAAUUUCUCCGGUAAGAUAAUCAGCUGAUCUGAGGGUUUGACCUUUGACCUGUUGG